AUGUCAUAGUGAGAAGAACUACAAAAGUAUCAACUGACUACUGGCAAAGCGGCUGCAAAGCAACUACAGCUGUCAAUCCCAUUGGGAAAAAAUCAUCAUCAUUCACUUUGAUAUCAUUUUGAUAAAACAAUUUCAGCUUUACCCUUUUUUGUAUCUGCUUCUAACAACCACAAAUAUGGAUUCUUUUUUGGUCCCUUUGGUCUGUUCAUUCUCCUAUGAUAGAAUUUUUUCGGCCAUUUUUACUUAAAUUGAACUUAUGUCGGGGACAACCCAAACUCAUGAGGGUGGAAAGUUUUAGGGAGGAGAGAUUGUAAGUGUCCACAUGGAGGAGGAACCGGGACGAAUGUGAUAAAAGAGUACGACUGCCGAGUUCUGCUCUGAGCAGAAAGCUUCUCCUCUCGGAUGAUGGAGACCCAGCGGGAAGGAGCCGAUCUCUGCUACCCACAGCUCAACAACUCCUGCAGGAAGCCCGCUCACCCUCAAACCGAGGCCAUGCUGAUCUAUGUCCUGCUCUCGUCCGUGUCUCUGCUCACCGUGGCUCUUAACCUGCUGGUCAUCAUCUCCAUCGCCCACUUCAGGCAGCUCCAUACCCCCACCAACCUCCUCCUCCUCUCUCUGGCCGUCUCAGACUUCCUCGUAGGCUUCCUGCUGAUGCCAGUGGAAAUCAUCUACAUCGAGGCCUGCUGGUUUCUCGGCGACAUUGUGUGCACUCUGUACUACAUCGCAGACUACGUGAUCACCUCUGCCUCAGUAGCCAACAUGGUGUUGAUAUCAUUCGACCGCUACUUAGCCAUUUGUGACCCAAUGCGUUACUCCACCAGGGUCACAAAUAGAAGAGCACAGAUCUGCGUUUGCCUCUGUUGGGUUUUCUCUGCAUUCUACAGGAUUCUCCUUCUGCACGACCAUCUGGACAAACCGGGCAGGUCCCACUCCUGCUUAGGGGAGUGCGUUGCCGUCAUCAAUUACAUAGCGGGACUCGUCGACCUCGUUUUCACCUUCAUCAUACCCAUUACUGUCAUCAUUGCUCUGUAUAUGAGAGUGUUUGCGGUGGCUUUGUCUCAGGCUCGAGCCAUUCGGUCUCAUAUUGCGGCCAUGACGGUGCAACGUGCAGCGACUGUGACUGUGAAGAAGGCAGAGAUGAAAGCCGCCAGGACUCUAGGCAUUGUUAUCAUUGUGUUUUUGAUUUGUUUCUGUCCGUACUAUUUCCCCGCUCUGGCAGGCGAAGACACCUCGGUCGAUGCUUCGUCGGCAGCUGUUGAGAUCUGGCUGGCACAUUUUAACUCCUGCUUGAACCCUAUCAUCUAUGCCUUUUUCUACCCCUGGUUCAGAAAAUGUAUUAAACUCAUUCUGACGCUGCAGAUACUGAAACCUGGCUCCCGUGAUACAAAACUACUGUAGUGUCAGACACUGUCUCUGAACUAACGCGCUUUUUAAUAGAGGUAAAAUGGAUUAGGUUGCGUUGUUAAGCACAGAUGUGAAAUCCCAUUAUUGUACUGUAUAUGUGCAG